UGACAAUCCUAACAAUGACAUUCGACCACCUUUGUUAUGGUUUUGCCACUUUUCAGGUUAUGUCGAAAUCCCAAAUAUUAAUGUAGUAAUUAUCUAGUUAUAAGAAUAAAUAUUACACUAGGCCAGUUAUUAUCAUAGUAUUUUUCAUAGUUCACUUUACUGCCUACAUCUACAAUAUUUUUUGUGGGGUGUUUAUCUAUUUUUAUUUACCAAAUUGUGUAUAACGUAAGAAAAAUCAUCUGCACUUAUUAACCUAUUCCAUUUCAUGAACUGAAGUGUUUCACUGUGUGAAGUGAUUAUGAAUAUCUUAAGACGUCUUCGUAGAACACAAUUUCUCAAUAAAAGAACUAAACAGUAUAUUCAACAUAAUUUACGUUACUAUGAUGCUAAAUACUCCUCAAAUAUCAAUAUUCUUGGAAUUGAGACGUCUUGCGACGAUACUGGCUGUGCUAUAAUAAACGGUAAUGGGAAAGUAUUGUCCGAAGCUAUACACUCACAACAUUUAAUGCACCUACGCUAUGGAGGAAUUAUUCCAGAUAUAGCACAAGACCUACACAGGCAAUAUAUGGAACCAACAGUAUCUAAAACUUUACAAGAUGCAAAAUUAACAAUGGAAGAAAUCUCUGCAAUUGCUGUCACUCUUAAACCUGGGCUUCCACUCAGUCUUGCUGUAGGCAUGAAAUAUGCUAAACAUUUAGGCAGGCGUUAUGAUAAACCAAUCAUACCCAUUCACCACAUGCAAGCCCAUGCACUAGUUGCAAGAAUGCAUCAUAAUAUAUCAUUCCCAUUUCUGGUUUUAUUGAUAUCUGGGGGUCACUGUUUGCUUGCUGUUGUUCAAGAUGUUAGUCACUUUCAACUACUUGGUGAAAGUAUGGAUUGCGCUCCUGGUGAAGUAUUUGAUAAAGUUGCCAGAAAAAUGAAGUUGAAAAAUGUUCCUGAAUAUUCUAAGAUUUGUGGAGGUCAAGCUGUAGAGGAAGCAGCAGCAAAAGCAACUAAUCCAAAUAUGUUUAAGCUACCUCUACCUUUAGCUGAGUAUAAAGACUGCAACUUUAGUCUAAAUGGUCUGAAAACCUCAGUUAUGUAUCAUUUACAUAGAAAAGAAGUGGAGCACAAAGUCGUUGCUCAUGAAUUAAUCCCUGAAGUCAAUGAUUUGUGUGCUGCUAUGUUAAUGGCUACCACAAGACAUCUAGUUCACAGAACACAGAGAGCCAUGGAAUUCUGUCAAGAAAAUAAACUUAUCUCAGAAAAAAAUAAACAGCUGGUGGUAUCUGGAGGGGUGGCAUGCAAUAAUUACAUCUUCAGUGCAUUACAGUUACUGUGUAAUGAAACCAACUAUCAAAUUUACAGACCUUUUCCUAAACUAUGUACAGACAAUGGAGUGAUGAUUGCUUGGAAUGGCUUAGAAAAAUGGAAAAAGGGGCUUGAUAUUACACCAGUAACAGAUUUUAACACCUUAGAUAUUGAAGCAACUAGUCCACUAGGAGAAAAUUUGAUAGAAAAUGUUAAAGCUGCAAAAAUAACCACUAAAUUAAUGAAAUUAAAAUCUAGAAUUUAAUA